AUGUCGCCUCCUAAGCUCUACAAGUUACUUGAGAAGAAGCAACAGGAGAUAGCCCCCCAGUUUCUAGACGUGAGUAUACAGAGACUCAGUGACGACAAGCGAUUAUCGUAGGACUCUAAUGCCGAAGUCAUCUUAGCUAUAAGAGCAACCAUCCUGCGGCCCAUAAAGGAAGCUGCGUCCGAACUCUUUUCCAUUGGGCCUAUUGGUACAGCCGCAAUGAUUCACUUAAGAGUGAGCUGGCUUACGCGUGAUGGUUUUUUUCAGCUCAGUGGAUACCCGAACAGGUUUGUGAAAAACUGUCUUAGAUGUCUGAGACAACAACAAGGCAUCGACUCUAACGGAGACAGUGUGCCACGGGGAUUCUACUCCCUGCUCUGGAUGUCCAGAAGUUCCGAAGCGAACACCUGACAAUUAAACCGGUUUGGCGUCUGAAUCGUCCACAAGUCGGUGUCCCCCCUUGCGUACAUCAGUAUCCCGAAUAAAAGACUCCACACUCACCGAUACAAGCGAAGAUGCGAGUUCCAGGAACUAGUUGAUCAGAAGAAGAAGCGAUCGCUGGAACAAUGGCUUUAUUCGCCUGACGCUUCGGAUUCUCUCUUGAAUCCAUCAUCAGAGACAGUUGCAGAAAAGGGUGGCUAGUGUACACGAAGUCGCAGUAUUUAUAGGAUCCUAUAAAUACUGCGACUUCGUGUACACUAGCCACCCUUUUCUGCAACUGUCUCUGAUGAUGGAUUCAAGAGAGAAUCCGAAACGUCAGGCGAAUAAAGCCAUUGUUCCAGCGAUCGCUUCUUCUUCUGAUCAACUCCACACUCAGUUAGCAGCAAACAAAUGUCAUUUGCCGUAUCUCAUGUGUUAACCGCUCUUACGUUUAUGUUGGCCGUACCUGCCGACGACUAGGGAUCCGCCUUAACGGACAUAAGCUGGCCAUCCAUUGAUGGAACCCCUUGUCUCUCGUGUUUGCCUGCGCCUUGAGUGCGAUCAUCACUUCAGUUAGGACGGGACUAGAGUGGUCGUCUAUGGUAACGCCAAAAAGGCGCGGGGAUUUCUCGAUGCUUGACACUAAAGCACAACAACAACAACCACCAUGUCGAUCUGGUCACUCAGCACGAAGAUUUACGUUCACGGCUCACUGAUUUGAGUUCACUCACAAACAACAGCUGCUAAUUCAUGUUCUAUCAUUUGAAAUCUCACGCAUUCGGCACCUUCCCGAUUUUUUGAACUAGAACUGAAACUCACAACACCUACCCCUAACUUUCGACGUCUAUCUAACACGUUCUUGACCUCCUCAUAUGGAAAUCUGUCUGUCGAUGUAACAUCUGUGCUCCUAAACCUCCCCUUCGGCAAAUGAAUGAACGUAGCCUUUCUAAGAUAGAAGGUGUCCGUCGACAUUUCACUAGGAAACUUUGAGUGCCGGCACAUUCAAAUACCUCCCACACGAGCAGACGCCAGCUAACCAGCAUAAGAUUUCUGUGGACUGGGAGACUUAAAAUAGGCCUCUGACUCCUUUUCCGGGUUACUAAUUAUUAUUUUUUUGAAUUUCAGCGUUUACUCAUGUCGAUCGCCCGUACAACCUCCGUAAUCCUUCCUUGGUUAUUCUUUCUCCUCUCCUCUUCCUAUUUCCUCCUCAUCCUCCCCCUCCGCCUCCUCCUCCUCCUCCUCCUCCUCCUCCUCCUCCUCCUCCUUCUUCUUCCUCUUCUUAUUCUUUUUCACCUCCUUCUCCGCCUCCCCUCCCCAUCCUCAUUCUACCCCAGAUGUUCUAUUUUUCCUCGCCUCCAAGAAUGCGCUACGUUGGAAUAG